AUGGCAUGUGAAUGCUUGCUUUAUAACAAGUCUCUCUCCCGAUUUCCCCAAUUUCCAAAUCCAACCCCUAGCCUCCGCGUCCAAGCUUCCACCGUCACCUCCUCCCUCUCGGGCUCUCCGCCUGCCCGGUUCCAGCCGUCAGCAGUCCGCAAAGCCGGCCCACCCUUUGUGUUGAGGUCCCAGCCAGGUAUAGUUCUCGCUGAGUUCAAGGUGACUUUGCUUUUGUUCGGUUCCAUAGGCGCCGAGUUGGGGCUGUGCGUCGAGCUCCGACCGGAUUCUCAGCAUCGGUCGGAGCUGAGGGCAGCUCUCAACAAGAUCUGCCCAUUCCCCAAAUCGAUUUCAUUCUUCUGUGCACCUUCGCAGUAUAAAAUGGGGUUGUCUUUCACCAAGCUUUUCAGCCGCCUGUUCGCGAAGAAGGAGAUGCGAAUCCUUAUGGUAGGUCUUGAUGCUGCUGGUAAGACCACCAUAUUGUAUAAGCUCAAGUUGGGAGAGAUAGUGACGACCAUUCCUACAAUUGGAUUCAAUGUGGAGACAGUGGAAUAUAAGAACAUAAGCUUCACUGUCUGGGAUGUCGGUGGUCAAGACAAGAUCCGACCAUUGUGGAGGCAUUACUUUCAAAACACUCAAGGGCUGAUUUUUGUGGUUGAUAGUAAUGAUAGGGAUCGUGUUGUUGAGGCUAGAGAUGAGCUGCACAGGAUGCUAAAUGAGGAUGAACUGAGGGAUGCUGUACUCCUAGUUUUUGCAAACAAACAAGAUCUUCCAAAUGCUAUGAAUGCUGCUGAGAUAACUGACAAGCUUGGACUCCACUCUCUCCGUCAACGUCAUUGGUAUAUCCAGAGCACAUGUGCCACUUCUGGUGAAGGGCUAUACGAGGGUCUUGACUGGCUUUCCAACAAUAUUGCCAACAAGGCUUAA